AUGGAACACAUCUUCCCUAUGUCUGCGCCAGACUCGCCCCAGCGUCUCCCCCGACGGAGACCCGAUAACGACGUGGAUUCUCCCCCUAGCCUUCUUAAUAGGCCUUCCAUUCACGUUGGAGAUUUCGAAGAAGUUACGAUCAUCAAUGGUGAUGAUCCCAAGGCAGAUUUUGAUUCUCUAAAUGUCCGCUCCCACCGAGCGAGCGGGAGGCCUGCGGAGGAGGAGAGGUCCGCUUCUCCUCCUUCUUCAAUCAAAGCUUUUGCCUCCGCUCGACGUCGGCCGCGCCGAGAGAUAGGAGCAGAAUGUGAGUUGGAUGUUGAAGAGAAUGGAACUCGAGCCGCGUCUGUCUCGAACCGAAGCCACAACAGCAAGCCCCCGACGGCCGAUUACAGACCGGCAAGCAAUCUGAACCGCAGCUACAACGAAGAUCAGAAGAAAGAGGCAGGGGAUCCCACCGAGGCCGAAACUAGUGGUGAAAACAAUAACAACCAUUCGGAAAGCUCCAAGGAGGAUCUAUACAUCGACUUUGAGUUCCUCGAACAGUUCAUACAGACCGAGCGGGCAUCACGCCAGAACGCUCACAUACAAAAUGAUGCCAUUCCCGGGUUAUCCGAUGACGUUACUGUCUCGCCAGUCGAUCCUGAAUCUGAAAAGCUUCACAGGAUUCAGAGAGGAGGUCGGGCACUUGACCUGAACCGCUUUAGUUUCUUUUCGACCGUUUGGGAGUCCACUGUUCACGCUUCCGAACUAGCCAAUUUAGUCCAGGACGGCGAGAGCCUCAAAAGUCUAUUCGAACAUCCCCGGAAUGAACACUGUGUGUGGUGGCUCAACUGCAACAACCCAACCAAAGAAGAGGUCCAAGGCCUGUGUCAGGCUUUCGGAAUCCAUCCCCUAACCGUGGAAGAUAUUAUCACGCGUGAGGCACGAGAAAAGAUUGAGCUUGUCAGUUCCUAUUACUUUGCCUCUUUUCAGUCUUUCCAUACAGUGAAAUGUGGUGAGAACUUGGAGUAUGAAGGUUUCAAUAUGUAUGUCAUUGUGUUCCGGGAAGGCGUUUUGAGCUUCAGCUUCAUGCCGAAUCCACACGCAACUUCUGUCCGCCGGAAAAUCACCACUCUCAAAGAAUAUAUCUCACUCAGCAGCGAUUGGAUUUGCUAUGCUCUGAUUGAUAACAUCGUCGAUGACUUUGGACCUGUGAUACGCCAGCUCGAACGAGAGGUAGACUCUAUCGACGACAGCGUCUUUUUAAUGCGAGACCGUGAUUCAAGCGAGUUUCUCAGACGUAUUGGAUUGGCUCGCAAGAACUGCAUGGCGCUCAUUCGCCUGAUAGGAGGCAAGGCGGACGUGCUUCGCAGCUUCACCAAGCGCUGCAACGAGGACUAUCCCAAUGCGCCUCACACUGACAUUGGAAUAUAUCUCAGCGAUAUCCAGGACCACGUUGUUACCAUGACGACCAACAUUAUCCAUUUCGAGCAGAUUCUUGCGCGUGCACACAGUAAUUACCUCGCCACGGUUUCUGUCAUGAGUAUCUCCCAGGGGAACAACACGAACAGGAUGCUGAAUAAGAUCACGCUCCUUGCCUCCAUUCUAGUCCCUCUCAAUUUGGUCGGCGCCGUUUUUGGUAUGAAUAUACCUGUUCCUCUUGAGACAGUUGACCGUGAUAACCUAGGGCCAUUUUUUGGUGUCGUUGGAUUCAUGGCGCUGUUUACAUCUUUUAUGCUUGGCUUGGGAAGAUAUCAUGGGCUCAUUUGA